CUCUUACCUGAUAUAAAAAUAUUCCUGAUAUAGAGGAUUUUUUUAAAAUAAAAAUAAAAAGUCGCAAAGAGUGUCUGCAGCAAAACAUUCGACACGGUUUCCUUUAAAAGGGUCAUUACCAACAACCACAAACCACAGUUAAUUAUGUAAAAUGUAUUGGUUUCUCAUUAAAAAUCAUUUGGAACCGAUUUGACGAAGGAUCUGGCAUCCCGAUGAGACUCUAGUCGGGGGUGGAUCAGAAUGAUAUAAUCUCUUUCUGGAGCCCCAAAAGGGCUGAACUUGCAUUUCGAGAAUGUUUCCCGUGAAUUUUAAGACAGUGAAAGCGGUGUCAGGCUAUGGCAUAUAGUUAAUCUCAAAGCCCUAGUGCUGUCCAGUCUCCGGUAAACAUGUACGUGUGGAUCACUCUCCUCGCAGGCUUGGCUCUGCUCCCCGCGCUGCUGAAAACUUUCUUCCCAUACUUUUUCCAGGACUGCGUGUAUAUGUACAGGGCUCUUGGAUGCGGCAUCCGACUAAACGUAUACAAAAGGAAAACUCCCUUCUACAGCAUCGUGGACUGCUUUGCGGACGCGGCGAAGAAGCACCCGCGAAAAGCGUUUAUUCAUUUCGAGGGGAAGUCUUACUCUUACGAGGAGGUGGAGAAGGAGAGCAACAAAGUAGCAAAUGCGCUGCGCUCGGAGGCUGGGCUCAAAGAAGGGGACACGGUCGCGCUUUUCCUGGGGAACGAGCCCCGUUUCGUGUGGACCUGGCUCGGCCUGGCUAAGCUCGGCUGUAUCGCAGCACUCCUGAACUUCAAUAUCAGAGCCAAAUCACUCCUUCACUGCUUCUCCUGCUGCGGCGCGAACGUGCUCAUAGCAGCUGCCGAGCUCCGUGACGCCGUUGAAGAGAUCUUGCCGGCCCUGAAAGAGAAGGGGAUAACCGUGUACCUCCUGUCAGAUGAGACCUGCACUACAGACGGCAUUCAGUGUAUCAGUCAAGCCAUCGCCAAAGCUUCAGAUAAGCCUCUGUCCCCGUCUCUCAGGUCCAACAUCCAUAUCAGGACUACAGCACUGUAUAUCUACACGUCCGGCACUACAGGUCUUCCUAAAGCAGCGUAUGUGACCCAUGAGAGGGUCUGGGCUUCAUCGUUCAUCCAGGGUGUUUGUGGAGUGACGUCUGAAGACGUUUUCUACAUCAAUCUGCCUCUGUAUCACAGUGCUGGAUUCCUCAUCGGACUUGUCGGAUCCAUUGAAAGAGGUAACACCGUGGUUCUGCGGAGGAAGUUUUCCGCUUCUCAGUUCUGGGAUGACUGCAGAAAGUACAACAUAACCGUGAUGCAGUACAUUGGAGAAACAUUGCGCUACCUCUGCAAUACGCCAAAGAAAGACAGUGACCGAGACCACAAAGUGAGAAUUGCCAUUGGAAAUGGAGUACGAGCAGAUGUCUGGAAGGAGUUCUUGAACCGUUUCGGACGCAUUUAUGUCCGGGAGCUCUAUGCAGCCACGGAGGGAAAUGUGGGCUUCAUCAACUACACCGAUAAAGUUGGAGUGGUCGGUCGUAUCAAUAUUCUCAGCAAGGUGUUUUUCCCCUUUUCCAUCAUCAAGUUUGACAUUGAUAAAGAAGAGCCCGUGAGGAACGCCGAGGGUCUGUGUAUCCCAGCUGGAAAAGACGAGGUGGGCCUUCUGGUCGGGAAAAUCACCAAACACACCCCCUUCGUCGGCUACGCUGGGAACAAGCAGCAGACCGAGAAGAAGAGACUCAGUGAUGUGUUUGUGAAAGGAGACUUGUAUUUCAACAGUGGAGAUCUGCUGAGGAUCGACAGGGAUAAAUUCGUCUACUUUCAUGACCGAGUUGGAGACACGUUCAGGUGGAAAGGAGAAAAUGUGGCUACAACUGAGGUAGCAGAUAUUCUGACGAUGGUGGACUGCAUCGAGGAGGCCAAUGUGUACGGAGUCAAAGUCGAAGGUCAUGAAGGCAGGAUUGGUAUGGCAGCUGUAAAACUGAAUGAAGGCAGAGACUUUGACUGCGUUAACACGUGCAGCGUUUUGGCGAACUAUCUUCCCGUGUACGCCAGACCUCGCUUCAUCCGAAUUCAGAAUUCCUUGGAAGUCACGGGAACCUUCAAGAUGAAGAAAGUCAAGCUGGUGGAGGAGGGCUUCGACCCCACUUUAAUACGAGACCCUCUCUACUUCCUGGACCUGACGCAAAAGAAAUACAUUCCGCUCUCUCAGGAAAUUCACAAGUCGAUCAUGUCGCAGGAAAUUAAACUGUAAAAACCCAUAGGAUAAGCUAACGGUGCAACUUUUGAAAUCUACUAACCAGUAGUUAAUAUCCACUAAUCUCAGGGAAAACAAGUGAUUACAGCGAAUGAUUUUAACCUCUACAGACCAGUACUGUCAACCGUUUCACAUUAGUACUUGAAAUGCAUAAACGUGUGCCUUAUUGCUUAACCUCUUAAUAAUGUUCUUUUAUAAUCAGCGCAGUUUAAUAGACUCUAAUAAGACUCUUUAUAUAAUAGCAAACUUUAACUCUCAACUGGCUUGCAUUAAAUGUGAAAUACAGAUUCUAAACUGUGACUAAUGUAGCAAAACAGGCUUCCUGUAGAGCGUUUAGCUAACCUCGACGGCUGCGGCCAAUCAAACGCUAUGGUGUUUCGGCGCAAAGGUCGCCCAGUAAUUGCGGCUGUAAUUCAGCACUUGCCACAAACCAGUUGAGAGUCACUACUUCACGGGUUGAAAAUUCAUCCUGCUGACACAACGGCUUUCGAGAAAGUCUGUCGCCGGUUUUCUCAAUGGCCUCGUGUCAGCCGCUCAAGAGUUUGACUAAUCAGCUGCAGUGUGUUUUAAGUAGGUGAAAGGGUAAAAAUCCAUGACCUCCCUUCCCGUCAACCUCUGAGCUCGAAAAUAAACAAUUUCCACAAA